AUGUCGUCGUUCAACAUUGUCGUAUUUGCCGGUGACCACGCCGGCCCUGAGGUCGUCGCCGAGGCUGUCAAGGUUCUCAGGACUGUUGAGGAAAAGAGCAAGACGGGUGUCAAGUUCAACUUGCAGGAUCAUCUGCUAGGUGGUGCCUCAAUCAACACUCAUGGUAGCCCCCUAACCGACGAGGCCCUCGCUGCCGCAAAGUCCGCCGACGCCAUCCUCCUCGGCGCCAUCGGCGGACCGGAAUGGGGCCCCUCGUCACCAGUGAGGCCGGAACAAGGUCUCCUCAAGCUCCGAAAGGAGCUCGGCACAUUUGGCAACCUCCGCCCGUGCUCGUUCGCCUCGGACUCGCUGGUGGACUUUUCGCCGCUCAAGGCUGAUGUCUGUCGCGGCACCGACUUUGUCGUCGUCCGUGAGCUCACCGGAGGCAUCUACUUUGGCGACCGCACCGAGGACGACGGCUCUGGGUAUGCGCUCGACACGGAGCCCUACUCGCGCCACGAGAUCGAGAGGAUAGCCCGCCUGGGCGCCCAGCUGGCCCUCGCCCGCAACCCGCCCGCUAAGGUCUGGAGUCUGGACAAGGCCAACGUCCUGGCUACGAGCCGGCUGUGGAGGAAGGUGGUUGACGAGAUCUUUGCCAAGGAGUUCCCCCAGCUCGAGUUGGGCCACCACCUCAUUGACUCGGCCGCCAUGCUUAUGGUCAAGAACCCCAGGGCGCUCAACGGCGUCGUCAUCACCAGCAACCUGUUUGGCGACAUCAUCAGCGACGAGGCUAGCGUAAUUCCCGGUAGCUUGGGCCUGCUGCCUAGUGCCAGCCUGGGUACCAUCCCGGACGGCCAGAGCCGGUGCAACGGAAUUUACGAGCCCAUUCACGGCUCCGCCCCCGACAUUUCAGGCAAGGGCAUCGUCAACCCCGUGGGCACGAUCCUUUCGGUGGCCAUGAUGCUUCGCUACUCGCUGCGCAUGCCCGCCGAGGCUGACGCGGUCGAGGCCGCCGUCAAGGCCGCCAUCGACGGCGGUGUCAGGACCAAGGAUCUUGGCGGUAACGCCGGCACCAAGGAGAUGGGUGAGGCCGUCAUUGCAGAGCUGAAAAAGCUGCUGUAG